ACCAUCCCCAUCUGGCAGAACAAGCCCCAUGGCUCAGCUCGCAGCGUGGUCAGGAUGAUCGGCUCCAACCUGCCCCUGAAGCCCUGUCCCAGGGCCACCUUCGAGGUGCUGCCCAGCGUGUCAGAUCUGUACCUGGGGGAUGUGCCCCCCGUGCCCACCCUGGCUGACAUCGUGUGGAUCGCAGCUGACGAUGAGGAGACCUACGCCAGGGUCAGAAGUGACACUCGCCCUCUGAAGCACAAGUGGAAGCCGAGUCCCUUCACGGUGAUCCAGAGGAACGCCUCGGUGCCCAACCUGAGGAAGCAGGAGGAGAAGCUGCUGGCGCUGAAGAAGCCUGGCUUGCCAGCCCUGAGCAGGACCACGGAGCUGCAGGAUGAGCUGAGCCACCUGCGGAGCCAGAUCGCCAAAAUCGUGGCUGCACAGUCAGCCUCGGCCCAGCUGACCCCGGACCUGUUGUCUCCGGGCAGCUCCAACGCCUCCUCUCCCGUGCACUGCUUCGGGCCCUCCUUCCAGUCCACCACGUCCUUCGUCAUCAGCGACAUCACGGAGGAGGAGGCGGAGCUGGAGAGGAGCCGCCCGUCCCUGAAGCAGGAGGACCCGGCCGUGCUCAUUGCAGAGGUGCUCAGGAGGAAGUUUGCCCUCAAGGACGAGGACCUGGCCCUGAAGGAGAAGUUCCAGUUCAGCCCUGGGCUGCAAGGACAGAACCAGUUCCCUGCCCAGUUUGAACAGGACAAACCCCAGUUUUUAUUUACCCUGAGAACGAGCUCCUGGGUGCUCCCAGCCCUCCGGGACUGUUGGAUCGUGCCCAACGAGGAGGACUCGGUGUCCCUGUCCAAGGCCAGCAGCUUCGCUGACAUGAUGGGGAUUCUCAAGGACAUUCAUAGGAUGAAGCAGAGCAAGGACUUGUGAGUGCUUCCUGAAAUUCU